CUAGGUUCCGUUGAGUACGUCAUGGUACGUUAUCUCCAAUGUGAGAAUACGUCGGUCACUCAUUCUUCAACCCUUCAAUCCCACGGAUCAAGACGAGUCUUUCUCCUGAUCAAGAUUUUCUCGAAUGGACAUGCCUUCUCCUCGUAAUCUGGGCGGAAACGAGCACCGUGUGGUGGGAGCGAAGUUACUUACCUCCUGCGAUGCUUGUCGGAACCGCAAAGUCCGUUGCGUCAAGAGGCGCCAUUCGGAUGAUAUGUGCAUCAAUUGCGAGAGACGAUCUCAAUCGUGUUCAAUUCUCCCACACCAAAACUCGAAAACCACCGGUCCCUAGGCCUAGGAAGUCCGCCCAUGGACAGACUCUGACGUUCACUGAUGCCGUGAUCAUGUCACCCUCCUCAAGUUCCGGCCCUGCCGGUAGAACAAGAACGACGACAAAUCGCCUUGACACGGCGAGACGACAACAGAGCCAGGCCGAAUCUGCAUCUUCCGUCGCCGUUUCCACGGCGAAUUCAAUGGAAAUGGGCUCAUUGGAUCAUGUUACUCCCUCCACCGCCCCGACACACAGAUCUGACUCUGCACCGCGCCCUGCGUCCAACGCGACAUCUCCCGCUACACCCAACCCCCCUCUAGUCAUGAUUUACGAAAAGGAUGUCUCCAGCUCAUGCUUGGCCUUCUUUUCGGACCGGAGGAUAGCAUUUCUGUCCAGAAGGCUAGGUCAUACACGAGUCACGGACUUGAUCCGACGAAUUGACGCUGCAGUUCAAGGUUCAGUCUGGGGGCUGGUGAAAGACAUGCCUUCCCCCGAAGUCUGCGAAAGAGAAGCAAACCGCAUCUCACUGUCACACGAGACCAGGUCAAAGUUCAUCGCCUCAUAGUUCGAAGAAGUUCACCCCAUGUACCCGUUUCUCGACCGCCCCGCAUUCGAGGAGAGGGCGUUUGGCCAGUCUUUGCCCGAGUAUCUGUCCACAGACAAGGAAUGGUGCGCCCUGUACCAUGCAGUAAUGGGCAUUGGUAGCCUCUACCACGACUGCGGAAGCUUCUCGGCCUUUUCAGGGACAUCUUGGUGUAUUUUUCGCGUGUCGUUGUCCCUAUUCCCUCGACUCGUCUUCGGAAGCCGAGGGCUAGUUACUGCGCAGGCUUUGACG